AAGGGGCAGAUGAAGUAAUUUCCAUGCUUAAUCACUACAUUUUUACAAAACUUGAUCCAAAAGUGAAGCAUUUACACAUUUUUUGUGAUUCGUGUUCUGGACAGAACAAAAAUUACACGCUCAUUCGGUUCUGUCACUAUGUCGUCAAUGUAUUGCAAAAAUUAGACACUAUUAAAGUAGUGUUUCCAAUAAGGGGACAUUCCUUCUUAGAAUGUGACCGGAACAUGGGACUAAUAAAUCAAAAAUAUGCCGCUGAGUUGCCAGAAGAUUGGGUGGAGCUAAUAAGGAAUUGCCGCGUAAAACCUUCCCCUUUCGAGGUUGUCGAGGCAGAUUUACCUCUUUUUCGCAAAUGGACUGAGUUUUUUUCAAAGUUUUAUACUAAUAAGUGCCCCUUUGCUACACGACCUAUUAGGGAAAUCCGUUAUCUCAAACAACACUCAAGACUUGUGGAACACAGAGCCUCCUAUACUGGAUAUUGGCAGCUUUCUCCAUUGAUAUCAAAACAAAAUUUGAGAAUGUUAAACCUUGAAGUUCACCACUAUGAUGAUGGCUCGUUUGAUCUUCCACCCCAAAGUCGCUCUGAUCUUGUUCCUGUGCCAAAGCCUAAAUACGAUGAUCUUCAGCAUUUGAAACAGUUUUGUGGACCCAAAGCAAGGGAAUUCUAUGGUAGACUUCCACAAGAACAUUAAGUACUGUGGGACAUUGUUCUAAUUAAAAAGAAACAAGAUUUACGUAUUAGUUAAGUGACUGAGUAAAGGACAUUCAUCUUUUUUGCUGUGUUUUUAUUGUAAUUUCCUUCUUUUUUUAGCUCUGUAUAUUUGUUUCUAAUGAAUAUAGAAUUUUA